AGUCGCAGCAGUUCAGACACUUUAUCUACUGCAAACUUUGUCUUCAGCCUGAGCCCCAUUGCAAAGUCCUUUGUCCUACUGCUUCUUGCUGAUCCGAACUGCAAUUAAUUUAUCAUCACAUUAUUAUAGAUCAUGUUAUUACGGUGCCAAGAAUACCUCAAGGCAUGAGACAGAUGAGGAAACCUUUCAAUAGAGUUUAACAGCCUUUUCAGGUACCUUUAAUUUACUGAAAGGAACAACGUUUUCUCAGGGGAUUCACACAAAGAAAACCAGCCCUUAAAUUAAUAGAAUUUCUCUAAUGAACCCAAAGUAAAAUCAGAAGCAUGAUUACAGAAACAGGCUUUGGUGUUCGUAGGCUCGGCUUAUGCUGUUACACUGGAAUAAAUGGUUUAUACCUUAGGCUGGACGAGCGUUUCCUCGGCCUCAGGCUUUUCCUUGGGGCAUUUUCUGUAGCUGUGGCUUGAGAAAUCGGUUUUUUCUAAGUCCAGACUCUAAAACCUGUUACACAUGCAGGGAGAGAAACCAUUUAUGUACGUGUGUGACCUUGGUUCCAGCAUUCACGCUUUCAACUGCUCAGACUAUUAAUACAUAGUUUAAGUGAAGCUCUAAACUCACACAGGCCAAAGAGGAGAAUAAAUUCCAGACCCUGGCAUCCCAUUAAACAUUAUUUAGCACAUUUUUUCAGCUUCUUUCCCACCUGUGGCUCGGUGCAGAUGAAAAUUCCGCCCCCUCUUCAUCACCACAGAGCAAACAAAGGUUAAUGAGCCUUGUGCAAUUAAUGGAGGGGGACAGGACCUGAGUCCAAACUUCUUCCAGACUCUUCUGAGAGUUUCUAAUGAUCCCUCAGUGCUCAGCUGUGAUUUACUGCAGGGAUUUUAGCCCCGAUGGCCAAAGAGAUAAAUAAACCCGGACGCCAUCCCCCCACACAAGCCCUUGGGGACAGCGGCGUCAUCUCUGGUUGAAAAUCCAGGGCCACGAUACUCAGUGUCACUUGUGUCACCUCUGCAAGAGCCGCUUCCCUCGGAAGCAUCGGAACCAUCGGCAGAAUGGAGGAAAACGGGUCGUGUUUCAUCUUUCUGCCUUAGGAUUGUGUGGACAGCACAAAAGGUGCAUCAGAAGGUGGGUCAGGUGGUGAUAUCGCGCAGGACUGCGGGAUCGGGCUUCAAAUCUAGAGGAAAAUUAAACCCCACAGCAUCCAAACUUACAAGUUUGCUGGUCUCAAGGCAAAAACUCACUAGCAGAAUAUACCCAAACUGUAUAUUUUUACACACCUGAAUUUCUAGGCAUUAUCCUCAGGCUUUCUUAGUGUGCAGCACCAUCUUAUUGGGACAAAACCGCUGCGAAAAACAUUUUUAAAGCUGCUUUUCUGCCCUGAACAUCCACGAAGUGCAGAGGGAAGACGCGGGCAGGACGGUGCUGUGGAGCCGCACAAAGCCCCGUAGCCACGGCGAAACCGCGAUGCUUGCUCUCUAAGAGGGGUAAAAACAUCACAAAACCACAACCAACCUUCUGCUUCUGCCCCCAAAUUAUUCCUCGUUUGCAGCGCUCAGGUUGGGUGGAUCUGUCGUGGAUUUUUGUACACAGGGAUGUUCUCAAAAGAAAAGGAGUUCAUUUAGUGGAAGGGAAAAGCAGCUGCAGCCAAAGCCUGGAAAUAUCCGACCAGUUAUUUCUGGUAUGUUGGAACCUCAGAAAUAUUUGUGAAGUGAAAACUCUGCCUGUUACAGAGAUAUAAGUUAAAAAAUAAGAAAUCUCUAGUUUUGUAGCACAGCAAUGUAACUCAAAUGCAAGAGCGUUCGGUCUGAAUAUUGCAGAGAAACCGUUUCUCCUCUGCCCCUGCUGCAGGAGGGAAAUUGGAGGGAUGAUCCACAUGGUGUGAAGGGACCCAGGUUUGGUUCCUGUAAUUCACAUCCAGCUCCUCUGUCCCUGCUCUUCCCCCCAGGUACCAGCCCACUGCCGCUGCCUUCUGGUUCUGGUCAUUUUCACUACCAGCUACAUUACUGCAGAGCAGGAUAACAUGGCUCCUGGCAAUGACACCAUGCUGACCCAUUUCAUCCUCCGAGGCCUGACAAGCAAGCCCGAGCUGCAGCGGCCUCUCUUCUUCAUCUUCCUCAUCAUUUAUCUCCUCACCCUGACGGGCAACCUGGGGCUGAUCGCCCUGAUCAAGACCACCCCCCCGCUGCACACCCCCAUGUAUUUCUUCCUCUGCAAUCUCUCCCUCGUCGAUCUUUGCUACUCUUCUGUCUUCUCCCCAAAGCUGCUCAUGGGCUUCUUGGUGGACAACAAAACCAUUUCUUACUCGUCCUGCUUCGCCCAACAUUUCUUCUUCCUGCUGUUUGUGACCACGGAGGUGUUCCUGCUGGCCGCCAUGGCCUACGACCGCUACGUGGCCAUUUGCAACCCGCUGCUCUAUGCCGUUGUGAUGCCCGGGAGGGUUUGUGUUCUGCUGGUGACCGGCUCCUACAUCGGGGGGAUCUUGAACUCGCUCAUCCAAACGUGUUUCUUGCUGCCGUUGCCUUUUUGCGGCCCCAACAUCAUCAACCAUUUCUUCUGCGACACCAACCCCCUGCUGAAACUGUCCUGCGCCAACGACCGCCUCAAUGAGCUUUUGCUCGUGGCCUUCAACGGGACCAUUUCCAUGUCCGUGCUCUUUGUCAUUGUCGUCUCCUACGUCUACAUCCUCCUCUCCAUCGUGAGGAUGAGGUCUGCCCAGGGCAGGCACAAAGCCUUCUCCACCUGCGCCUCCCACCUCCUGACCGUCACCUUGUUCUACGUCCCCGCGGGGCUCAGCCACAUGCAGCCGGGCUCCAGAUACUCGCUGGACAUGGAGAAGGUCACCGCCAUGUUCUACACCCUCAUCGUCCCCAUGCUCAACCCCCUCAUCUACAGCCUGAGGAACACGGGGGUCAGGGAUGCGCUCAGAAAAGCCACCACAAAGAACAUGGGUUUGAGUUGCCGGCUGGUCAAACUGACCCCAAUCCGUUGAUAAAACUCCUAUUUCUUCCUAUUUCAAAUAGUCCUUACUCCUCUUGUGGAGGAGUAAGGAACCACAUGUGUUUACAGCAAAUCUGAACCAUGCUUUAAAAUCUGCAGAGACUCCAUUUAACAAACAUCCUGUCAUUAAAGGCCUCUGAUAAAUA